AAAAUGCAGUAUUUUAAUUCAUUGAAAUACAUUCUGUAUAAGAAUCAUAAUACUUAUAUAUUAUAUAAUAAUUUAAGUAAAAUUUAUUUGAAUACUAAUCAUAAUUCUUCAUUUGGGUUUAAUUAUCAGCAACUUUCUUUUUUCCACAUUAAUAGUUAUUAUUUGAAAACUUCUGAUGAUAUUCCAUCUAAAGUUUUAACGGAGACUGAUAAAAUUAUGAAAAAUAUUGUAUCACAUGAUGAUAGUUAUGAUCCUAAUAAAUAUCCGAAAAUAGGUGACGAGGAUAAAAGUAUUGAGCAAUGGAAGAUUAAUAAAAAUAUAAAAAUUGAUUCAAAUGAUAAUAUGGAGAUGAAGGAUUAUUUAGAUCCAUUAUACAAAAAAUUACCGAGUUACCGUACAGACUUACCUAUGAGUUUACAGGGAAAAAUGAGAUUUGAAAGGGAAAGAUUAGCAGGUAUGACUGAUGCUGAAAGAAAAUGGAGAAAUCAAUGGUUAAAGGACCAAGAAAUAAAAGCGACAGAACCUGUGGAUAUUCCAGAAUUGUAUACUUUUUACAAUAAUUUCUUUCGAAGAGCUUUUCAUUGGCCUAUGGACACGCUCUUUUCUCUUUUAGUGCCUAUAAUAGGCGAAAAGACAGCUUAUUGGGGAAGAAAUAUAAUUCCCAGAAUCAUAUUAUACUAUGUUCUCUGCAUUCUCACAGCCUAUCACCUUUGUUUCAAUGAACGAACUUGGGAAAGAGGUUUUUCUGGAAAAACUGUAUGGACGUCGCAGAUACCUGUAUAUCAAGUUUCAGAUAGAACAGGUGCGUUACAGUAUAAAAUGGAUUAUAGGCAUUACGCUGACUGCAAUUUUCACAAUAGAACAAUCAUGAAAGAUGAAGAUAUUAAGCUAGAAAGAUGAUAUAAUGAAUUUAUUUAUUUUUCAUUUAUAUUUUAA